AUGAAUUCUACGUUUAGAACGAUAUAUAAAGAAAGUAGUGGUGAACAAUUUAAACUAUUCAGUGAAUUUGGUGAAAACUGUAUUAAAAUAAUCGUUUUGGAAAAAAAUAAUGCUUGGAGAGCGGAUAUAAAUUGUAGUGACAUUACUACAUUUGCAGACGAUCUUGAUUUAAAUACAGAAGAAUAUUUUCGUAAAUUAAAACAAUAUUUACAAAACAUCCCGAAACACGUCGAUAUCCAAUUCAAUGAUAAAGAAUUAAUUUGUUAUAGCAAAGAACAUAAAAUGCUAUUGAAGUUUUUUUCAUGCAAAGUACAAAAGAUAGAAUUCUCAGAUUGCGUCUAUAAUUUAAUAGAUACGUUUUCCUUUCAAAACGAACAACUAAAUCAGCAAAAUAAUAAUUUAUUAAAAGAAGUAGAUAACCUAACAACAGUUAAAAAUGUACUUGAGGAAAAACUAUCGCAGUUUGUUAAUAAAAAACAACAAGAUGAUCAAGAAUUGUUCAGUAACUUUGUGUUGGUUUUAAACGAAAAGAAAAGGAGGAUUCAACACUUGACGCAAACUCUACAAGCAUUUAAAGCCGGUAGACCGGUUUUAAACCCUCAGAUUAAACUUAGAAAAAGAUCAAAAAAAAUCGUCAAACAAGAAAAGAAUGAAAUAUCUGAAUCGAGCGAAUCUAACAGCGAAAAUAACGAGUAUAACACCGAUAAUGAAAAUAGUAAAAAACAGGAGGAAAAUAUUGAAUAUUUACUUCCUAUUAAAUCACAUAACGAUUAUUUGUUCUUUGAGGAUACUGAAGAUACUGUUGAUUUACCUAAAAGAAAAAAAUUAGAAGUUGAUAACGAAAAUUUUUCUAACGUUCCCUCCACUUCAAGCUGUAAUAAUGAUAAUGAUAAAGUACCUGAAAAAACUAGUGAAAAAAUGGAAGAUGAUUCACCAAAAAUAAAUUUCGAUACGCAAGAUUUACUUGAUUGUGUUUAA